AUGGAGGAAACCAAAGUUGUUGUCGAAAAAAAAUUGGUAGUUGUUAAAGAUGAGAAUCAGGUUAGUUUUAGUGAGAAAAAGUGUGAAGAAAUAUUUCGAAAAAGAUGCAUAAAUUCCGAUUUCAAUCUUAAAUUAUUUAGAAUAGCGUUCCUCGUCGAUCAAGUCGGUUGGCAUCUUCGUCUCGAGAACCACCGAAUUAUUGCGUAACUCGUAAAUUAACAUCAAAAGUUUGCAAAGUUCCAAUUUCAACAAAACGUCUCACGAAAACUUCAUUCAAUGAAGACAAGAAUUCGGUAGAAGAAAAGCCGAAUAUUGCAGCUCCCGAAGUCAGCGAAGAAAAGGAAUAUCCAAAGAAAGUAGGGCGCCAGAGAGUAAGAUUCCGCCCAGAUGUGUCGAUGUCAUCAACAGGAGUUUGGGAUACAUCUAUCGAUGGUAUUUCUUCUGAUGCUACUCAUGGAGCUGGUGAUGUGCUAGAAGAAACACUGAGAAUUGGGACUGAAUUGGUGCUGACACAAAAUGGUGAUGAUAAUAAUAGAGAGAAGAAGAAAAGGAAUCCAGUUAUCCGCGCCAAACCAUUGGUGAAGUACGCUAUUACUCCAAGAAAUUUGAGCAGAAAUAAAUCUACAAUUGAGAUUACGGCUGUGCCAGAACCGCUUCCUUGCACAUCUUCAUCUCUUCCUCGAAAAUCUUCGAUUCGAGCUGGAGAACAAUCAGUUCCGCCUCGACAAUUUUCAAUUCCUGGAGGGAAUCCGUGUCUUCUAUCACGAGAACCAACUGUUUUAUCACAGCCCGAUAUUCCGCUCCCAGUUGAAGUUCAAAUGAAUUCUGCAUCUUAUGUUCACGAUUUGGUUUCGGAAGUCUCCAUAACUCAGAUAGUUUCUGAUACAGAAGUUACUCCACCAUCUACGAUUGUUCCGGAAAAUGUUGAAGUUCCAAUGAAUCUAGAGUCAGAUGUUCACGAUUUGGUCACCGAAGUCUCAAGAACUCGGAUAAUGUGUGACUCAAACAUUCCUCUCGCUGAAGCACUAUAUGUUGAAACUAAUCAACGAAGAUGGACAAAGGUUCAAAAUUGCUGCGAAUCUGGUUCAGACGAUGAAGAAGAAGUCGUCGUUCAAAAACCACCGAAGCGUCAAAUUUCUCCGCCAUGCGAUGUGGAUCCUGAAGUAUCGUCUGAAGAAGCAAAACGUAGGAGAUUUGAAGACAUCGAUGAAACAAUCAAAGAGGCAAAAGUAAAAGCGGAUGGGAUUUUAUUGAAGGAGCGCCAAAAAGAUCAUGGCAAAAAACUUCAUCGACUUUUUCUACCAACUGCUUUUGCUGAAUGUGGAUUUGAUGAAUUUAUUGUAAAGGUAAGAAAGAAGCUAGAAUGUGUAUGUGUGAAAAAAAACUAAAUUUUUGUUAAAUUUCAGCAACUCUACGCUAGAUUCCGACCAGCUAUUCUGCAGCGACAUUAUAACAGUAGUGGAUUCGGUCUUAAUAGUGGAUUUAUGGAAGUUUUCGAGGAUAAAAUGGAUGAAGUAGCAAGAUAUGCGCCCGAUAGAAGUUGGAAAGGUAAAUUAAACUGUUGAACGUGAACCAUUUAAUACUAGAAAUGAAUUUCAAUUUAAUUUCAGCUCAACGCAUCUUUCCCUUAACACUCGAAAAAUUCUGCAAAGACACCGACAACAUCAAAAUGUACAUAUUCUGUGUUCACGACAAGAUGGACAUUCCACGUUUCUGCUAUGAUCUCGAAAAAAGUUUUGGCGCUCGCCACAUCGAACGAUUCUAUGAUGAAAAGCGACGCUUUCUAGGAUGCAUUGCUCAUAUGAGUCACGAGAAGGCUCGAAAAUUGGGGAAUGAUCCAGUUUACAAGGUGGCCGGUAAGCCUUGUCGUUUUAAUAUUUUCCAAGUCGCAGAUGAUUGA